CAUGCUUGCUCCCCAGCCAACCACGGGGGCAACAUCCCGCCGCCGCACAAGACGGGACGACCCCCAACAUCUCAGGAGAAUGGAAAUACCAACGCUCGAGUUAAUACCAGAGCUGAGCAGCAAUGCGCAAGGGAUUCUGCUGAGGCCGCUGGAAAACGGUAUCUUUUCUGUGAAGAACGGAUCUCUGUUUCAUUUUCAAUUCGGGAGCCAAAAAUCGAUCUGCAUCUCCACUGGGGCUGCCCUGUUUUCUGUGUCUCGACGGACCCAUGGUGGCGCAGACCUGAUUUAUUGGAAAAAACGAACAAUCAAACUCGAAAGCCUCCUGCCACCUUUUACGGACUGGGGAACUGGGUAAAGAACAGUCGAUCGAAGCCUCUCGUACUUGCGGACCCAUUGCGGCGGGCUAGUGGGUUCCAGUCCAAGAAUACGAGACAGCGUGGAGACAUCUGGCAGAGGGACACACUACACUUCAUCCCUUCCCCCCUCCUUCCUCACAAUGCAGAAUCAACAUCGUCACCCCUUCGAAAACGAAGGACAGAAUCCAGAACCUUAUUACGACCAGAGAAGGAGCCCGCCGCGGCAACAGUACCCACAACAAUACCACUCUCCUUCCCAGCAAAACCAACCACAACAAUACUCCUCGCCUCCCCGGCAAACAGAACCACAACAAUACCAUUCUCCUCCCAAUCCUGCUGCGCACCCCGAGAGCUCCUUCAAUCGGUUGCGAGCUGCACGAAGGUACUCCCAAGAACGAAAUCCAGGCCAACAAAUAUCUCCCCAAGGCUACGCUCCGUCUGUGAGUCCCCCACGACUCACAGCGCCGCCUCCACAUCGAGACGCAGAAGGCAGACUCUGGGGGCGGGAAUUGGGCUACGCAGACAGAGAUUCGAACCCUUACGAGAUCGUCACCCCUGGUGCGGAUAACUUCAGCGAGAGCGCUUCGGGCGGUCUUGCGGGUAUUGCAAUGGGAGUUGCAGACACACAUGCAAGGGAGAGUGGACUGGAGGCUCUGAGGAGUACACCUGGGUAUGAUCCAAGGACGGACACGGUCGAUCCGCGGCAUCAACAAGGCUUCGACCCAAGGAUGCAGCAGCAACAAGCUUUCAACCAACAAGGUUUCGUUCCGCGACAACAUCCCCACCAGGGCCUUGACCAGCAAUACCAGGGCUUCGAUCCAGCGAUGCAUUCCCAGCAGCGUUAUGAGCAAUCGAUGCAACAUCCACCGCAAGGCAGGAUGCCCGAGCAAUCUCCAUACGAUCGAGCACCGCCACGGGGAGAACCUUCACAAACCUCCUUGACGCCUCUUGGAGCUGCUGCUUUCCCUCCUGGCAUGACUACACCACAGUCCCGCUCCAUUGCUUCACGGUCACCUCACAGUUUCAACCAAGAACCCUACGCCGAUAUCCCAUACAAUCGAUAUUCGAGGAACAUGGAUCCUAGCUUGGGGGAGGUAGACCCCAACGUCAUCGAAGACGAUGGAGAUGAAGGACUGGAAUACAGACACAACAAACGAGGGUCUUUGUUGAGCUUGGGCCAUCAUUCUGAUCGAAACCUUCCAGCUACUGCAGGGACUGCCGCCACAGGUGGAGUCUUGGGAGCAGUUGGAGGGAUCCUGGGAAAGAAGAGUGCUAGCGGAUCGGGAUCGGGGUCGGGGCCACAGUACAACCCAGUGAACGAGUACUAUGGAGCGGGAGGGAAUAAUUACGACCUCGGGAAGGGGGAAGAGAAGAGCGAGUGGCUGAACAAACAGUCGACUGGAAACAAGAAGCUACGAUGGAUUGUGGGCAUAAUUGUGGUAUUGGCGAUUCUUGGAGGUAUCGCCGGAGGAGUUGUGGGCGGCAUCCUGUCGAAGAAGCACACAACCCAAGUCUCGGGGCAAUCCGCUUCCGACGACACUGCAACCAAUGGAGACCUCGACAAGAACUCUGCCGAGAUCAAGGCACUCAUGAACAAUAAAAAUCUCCACAAAGUCUUCCCUGGCAUUGACUACACCCCGAUGUACACACAAUACCCGGGAUGCUUGACAUAUCCGGCUUCUCAGAACAAUGUCACUCGAGAUUUGGCAGUCCUUUCUCAGUUGACCAAUACAAUUCGACUGUACGGAACCGACUGCAACCAAACCGAAUUGCUUCUGCACGCGAUAGAUCAACUGGGACUGAAUGGUACAAUCAAGGUCUGGAUGGGGGUUUGGCAAGAUCAGAAUGCAACCACCAACGCACGGCAACUCGCUCAGAUGUAUGACGUCUUCCAGAAAUACGGCGCAUCUUCGUUCGUGGGCGUCAUUGUUGGCAAUGAGGUCCUCUUCCGUGAAGACAUGACCGCCACACAGCUUGGAACAAUCAUCGAUGGAGUCAGGACAAACCUAUCGCAGAUGGGCAUCACCCUCCCAGUAGCUAGCUCAGAUCUCGGAGACAACUGGACGGCAGAACUCGCCAAUAAAGUCGACUACCUGAUGGCGAACAUCCACCCCUUCUUCGCUGGAGUCACCGCAGAGGUAGCAGCAUCAUGGACCUACAGUUUCUGGACCGGCCACGACACGAUCCUCAAGUCUGAUAUCUCCAAGAAUAUCAUCUCCGAAACUGGAUGGCCAUCUACGGGUGGGACUGACUGCGGCGCCGCAGCGACGUGCACGACUGGUUCCGUGGCAGGUAUUCCAGAGAUGAAUACUUUUAUGAACGAUUGGGUCUGUCAAGCUCUGGCGAACGGCACGAAUUACUUCUGGUUCGAGGCGUUUGAUGAGCCGUGGAAGAUUCAGUUCGAUACCCCGGGUAAGGAAUGGGAAGAUAAAUGGGGAUUGAUGGAUGUUAAUCGGAAUUUGAAGCCGGGGGUCACUGUCCCUAGUUGUGGAGGGAAGACGGUGACUUGAUCUGGGGGUAUGAAUAGAAAAAAAGUGCAUCGCAUCAUCGAGGACAGGCAAAGCACUUGAACGGCGGUUCAAGGACAAAUUCUAGGCGUUCCGGAAGGGGUUGGGACUUGGGCAUCAAGUUACUGUAUACUAGCAUGCUAACAUUGAGGGCUUUUUAUGAUUCAUUGGGGCUAUGUAGAUUGGUAUCAAUCAGAAGGCAUUGAUUGAGCUGCAU